AUGCAAACAAUCAGCAUGUCCUCAUACUUCGACGUCCUCUCCUGGACCCGCGCACGCAAAAACCGCGAGGCGCUUGAGAAGACAAACCCUCAGAACCCCGUCCUCAAUGACGACGAUGAAGAAUUUUUGCAGAGGAUAACCAGCCAGGAAGCUCCAGCACCUCCACUGCCCACCAUCGAGCCUACAGUUAUUGAUGAUGCGGGCAAUGAGAAGGAGGCUGAUGUGACGCAAAAGGAAGCUGCUGAGAUGAUUUUGCCGGGCAGUCCUGGUGAGGGAAAAGAAAAGAGGUCGUGGGCAAGUUAUAUUCCGAGUGUUGGGGUGCCGAGUGUGUCGGCGAUUCCUGCUAUUCCUUCGUUGGCCUCGCUGAGGGGGAAGAAGGGAGAUGCUAAGGUGGAGGGAAAGGAGGCAGAGAAGGCUGAGGACAGCGAGGUCAAGACAGAGGGUGUGACGGAAGAAAAGGAUGCAUCUGUUGAGGAGCCUGCUGAAGCGCCUGCGCAAAACGACGAGAUCGACUCAGCAGACAAGGUUGAGGAAUCGGCUGAGGUUACCCAGGAGACCGUCCAGGAGACCAAGGACGAGUUCACCAACGACUCGAGAACGUAUGCAGAAGCUGCAACUGGCAAGGAGCCUGAAGAUGCAACCCAAGAAGACACCACGUCGAAGUCUGAGGUUGAACCAAAAGAGGACGCUGAUCCAAAGGAGGAGGCCGGUUCAAAGGACGAGACCAGCGACAGCAAGGAUCAAACCACAGACACCCAAGACACCAAACCAGCCGAACCCACCCAACGCACCUGGGCCUCCUACAUCCCCGCCGUCCCAACCUUCGGCCGCAACACAAAAGCCCAAGAAGCAGCCGAAGCAGCAGCCGCCUCCCAAACCCCCGAAGCCAAAGAACAAGACGAGCGCGAAGUCUCCGUCCUACUCGACCGCCUCAACCUCUCCGCCAUAAACAACCGCGUCUUCAGUUUCAGCGACCAAUCUCAACGCCUCUACUCCGAAUUCACCUUGAUCCUCAAGGACAUUGUUAACGGCGCACCCACAGCAUGGGACGACCUAGAAACCCUGCUCAAAGAAAAUGAAAAACACCUCGAGCAGAUGUUUAAGAAUAUGCCUCCAUUCGUACAGACGUUGGUCAAGAGUCUACCCUCAAAGUUUGCUACCUCCAUGGGACCAGAAAUCUUGGCAAUGGCUGGAGAUAAACCCGGCAAUGACUUGAAGAAACAAAUGGAAGCAGCCAGCAACGUCGCAUCUUCAUCUUCUUCAGCUGCUCAAAACCUGCCCAACCUCGACCUCAAGAGAAAGCAAAAGAGAAAAGUGCCAAACAUCAAAGACCUCGCUUCCCAAAAAGGCACCGUCACCACUAUGUUGACCAACAUUGUCAACUUCCUCAAAGUCAGGUUUCCGGCGUUUGUUACAGGAACAAAUGUGGUGAUGAGUUUGGCUGUGUUUAAAAAACANGUCCUCCUCUUCGUCUUCUGGUACUGCCACAAACGCGGCAAAGAAGUCCGUAUGCUCAAGGAAUCAGAAUCCGCAGGACAAUCCGCCAAUGUUUCUGAGAUUGAAGCUUCGUCCUCGGAAGAUGAAGAUGAGAAAACAGAAGACAAAAAGGAAACAGAAUCAGAAACAGUAGAUGAGAAACAGGAAACAGCACAAGUGGAAGCAGAGUCGGAUACCGAAGACGUCAAAGUCGCUAAUGCGAGGGAAUACGCAGCUGCUAUGCGCAGAGCAACGGUAGGAGGACCUGAUAACGCUGCUGCUUUGCGGGCAAAGAAGAUUUUGGAGUCCUGA